AUAUGAAUCUUUUAUCCAUGAGCAGAGAGAGAGAGCCACAACCCUUGUUCGUUUACCACUCUUCCUCCCAUAAAACCCUUCUUAAAUCGUAUUUACAGUAAUUCUUGAAAACAGCAAAUCCAUGGCGAUUAUAUUUUCUUCUUCGAACAUGAUAAUGGAGAUCAGAAAUCAUUACUCACCAUCUCCGUCAUCGGUAAAAGCUUUUGCUUUCUCAAAAGGGAUUUUUGUAAACCCUAUCAACUUGAAGAUUGAUUCAAAUUCCAAGCAUAAGCCAUGCUCUUUCGCAAUCAAAGCCUGUCAGGCUGAAUCGGACCGGGACUUUGUGGCCAAAGAACUUGAAGCCAAGAGAAUCAUGGUAACACCAACCAAGCCUGAACUUGACAACUUCAAGGAACCUGAACUGGAAAAACAAUCCUUAAAAUUUGUUGAGGCAAAGAAAUCAAGUGCAUCAUCCUCAAAGGAGAAGAUCGUCACCCAAACAUCAUCAAUGGACUAUCAACAGGUUCUCAAAUAUCCUCUCGUUACUGAAGCUGCAAUGCAUAAGAUCAUAGAAGAAAAUACAUUAGUUUUUAUGGUUGACGUUCGUGCUAACAAGAAAGACAUUAGGAAUGCCUUUGAGAACAUGCUUAAGAUCAAAACCAAGAAAAUUAACACAUUGAUCAACUAUGAUGGCACAAAAAAGGCUUACAUACAGUUAACAUCUGAUAAUCAGGCUGUUACCGUGGCUAAGAAAAUGAAAAUUUUGGCUUAACGUUUUUGUUGUACGAAGACUAAAAUUUGUGUUCUUUAAGGAUUUCUGUUGUAUAUAACAAGGCAAUUGAGGAUGAAGACGACUGUCUGUUUUGGAUCUUGAUCUGGCUUUAUCCCCUGGUAACCAUUUACCUUCAAUUC